GCUAAGCUAAAAUGAUUUAAUCUUAGAAACUAGCUCUGCAAAUUGCAUGAACACUCUAGCUACCUCUGAGCAGACAGUUUAAGGAAGAACUGUAACGUCGUGACAUUAAUUGGGUCACACUUGGAUGAGCAGAAGUUCUGACAUCCUCUUUCAAAACAGGAGGAAGAAUAAAUGCAGUUGGGUGGUUUAAUACGACUGUAGCUUUUCAACAGAGUGGAAGAUUAUUUGAUCUGCUGCUGAUUGAGUGAAAUUCAAGAUUUAUUAGUUUUAAUUGAAGAUUUUUAAAUUUAUGGUCUGAGAGAAGAUGAAGGUCUAUCACAGUCUGUCUGAGAACAUGUUGACAGUCAACAUGUUACUGAGUGUCUUCUUUCUUUCAGGUGUCUCUGCUGAUCUAUGUGGUGAUCGUAUCCCUCCUUUUGUCAUUACAACACCAAAGUCCAUUGCAGCACUGAGUGGAUCUUGUUUGCAAGUCCCAUGUAGCUUCACAUUUACAAAAGCAGAAAAUGAUUUUAACAGAGGAGAACAAACCUCUGCGAAAUGGAUUCCAAGAAGUCGUAAUAUUUUUGACAUCAGUCUUGGAUUUAAUAACGACCAAAUAAAUAUUACUGGAAACAUAAAACAGAAAAACUGCACCACUGUGUUUUCUGACAUAAAGUCGACACAAGACACUGAAUACUUCCUCAGAAUUGAGAAUAGUAAAUUCAGGGCAACAGCUUGUUCUAUUCCUCUUCAGUUUACAGUUCAAGAUUCUCCAGAGAAACCCAGAAUUGAACCUGAUCUGAAAGAUCUGAAGGAGCAUCAGUCUGUCACUGUAACCUGCUCAGCUUUCACUCCCUGUCCACACUCACCUCCUGAACUCACCUGGAAUCUCCAACAAGACUCUCUCAGACAAACAGAGAAAAACACAGAUGGAACCUUUACAACUAAAAUCCAGGAGAGCGUCACUCUGUCAGACACACAUGAUGGAUACAACAUCAGCUGUUCUGCCAGAUAUCCUUUGAUUGGAGGAAACAAGACAGCAGAGACAGAAGUGACUCUCAGUGUUUCCUAUGCUCCUAGAAACACCUCAGCAUCCAUCAGUCCAUCAGGUUUGGUGUCAGCAGGUAGCUGGGUGGAGCUGAGCUGCUCCAGCAGAGCCAAACCUCCACCCAGAUUCACCUGGUUCAGGAUCAGUGAAAAUGGAUCCACUAAUGUGUCUGAGGGGAAAGUUUACAAAUUCAAUGCUGCUGAGGGAGGAAAGUAUUACUGUGUGGCCACAAAUGAUCUGGGUCAAACCAUAUCAUCUGUGAUCAUAGUUACCAUUAAAGGAGGAACCUUUUCAUUUUGGAUUGCACUUAUUGCAUCAAUCGCUGUCAUUUUGCUCAUCUGCCUGGUGAUUUGUGUUUGGUGUUGUAAGUUCAAACAUCCAACUCCACGGCGGACUCAGACUCGAGUAGAGAUGGAGGUUCAAAUGCCAGACAAAAAUCCAGAAGAUGAAAUCCACUAUGGUGAAGUGACCUUCGUCCCGAGGAGACCUGAAGCCUCGGCCGUCUCAGUGCAGGACAGUGGACAGCAGGACUUGGUGUACGCUUCGGUCAAAGUGUCUGCUGAUUGUUCUGAGGAUCUCUACGCUCAAGUGAAGAAAAAGUAACUUAUGAUGUUGGAUCAAAAAAUACAUAUGUACAUAUGUAUGCAUGUGUAUAUAUAUAAAUAUAUAUAUUAAAAUGUCUCAUUUUAAAAGACAAACAUCUUAAUGCUCCAUUUCACUUGUUUUUUUGUUCCCUCAUAAAAUUAUCAUGGUCCUAUUUUAGGCCUUUUGUCGUUUCAUAACCUGCUACGUUCUUUGCAUUUCAUACCAUGUAAGAUAAUAGUGGAAGGUUUUCAUGUUCCGUUCUUUAACACAAAAACUACAAGACUAAUAAAAACCCUUUUAAUGAAACCAAGUAGCAUUUUUAAAAAAGGGAUAAUUCUUGUUUCACAACAGAAUGUGCCUCCAAAAGUUGAGCUUCUUCUCUCAGUGGGUUUUUAAAUAAUAUUCUGUUUUUCUAAAGCCAGAUGAAGAAAUCCACCAAGCUGCUUGUUAUGUGCUGUAUUAUGAUUUUUU